GCUUUGCAAAAGCAUCUCAACGGCUAAUCAUCAGACAGCAGCUGCCAGGCAGGUGUCAGGCUUCUCUUUUCUUUUUUGAUUUGAUCUCUCUCUCUUUUAAUAUAUUUCUUUUCAGAGGGUGGGCUCUGGCUUCCCUCUGGAACUGGCUCCUUAGAAGUGCAUCUGCCUGAGGAAUUCUGGGCUCAGGAGGAUUUGGGUUGUUUUUUUUUUAACACCUUUUCUUAGGGUCUUAUUAAAAAUAAGAAAGGUGCUAGGAUGGAAAAGGAGAGCAGGACGCCUACCAGGUAUGGAUCAUUGGAGUCAACCAAGUGGACAGCUGCAGACCCAGCCAAAGAAGAAAUUGUUUCCAUGGCUGAUUCGACUACAACCGUGGGUGACAUAGAAGGGGAGCUCUUUAAAAUCGAGAGGAUCAGAGAGGUCCUGGUGAGAAGAGAAUCAGAGCUGAGAUACAUGAUGGAUGACAUUCAGCUUUGCAAAGAAAUCAGUCGGCUGAAGAAGGAGCUCCAGAAACUCAUCGCACUCCCAGAGAAAGAGAAGUCCAACGAGGAGAAGCAGAGGGAGGAGGAGCUGGUGCAGCAGAUACACAAGCUGGUGGAAACCCGGGAUUUCCUGGUGGACGACGUGGAAUUUGAAAGACUGAGAGAAAAAGAAGAAGACAAGGAAAUGGCUGAAUUCCUGCAAACAAAGCUCUCCAAAAGCUGCCUCCAGAAAGCAACCCCUGUCAAAGAGAAGAAGAUGAUGUCCAGAGGGCAGCAAACCUCCACACCGUACGUGACCAAAACAGGCCUCACCCUGCUCAAGGAAUGCUGCGGUUUCACCUGUUCCAUUAUGUAGACUCUCUCCCAGGCCUCCUCUGCACAGGACAAGAUCAUGGCAGGCCUCCAGGCAGAGUCUGUGGUUCCUGACAGCUUCAAUCUCCCUUCAUUGCUCAUGCUUCCCACAGCAGCACAAAGACAGAAGGACAUUUCCAAGCAGGCCGGUGCAAGCUUGGACGUUGGCCUGUUUUCUUGAUGCCACUUAAGUGGGAGUUGCCUUCAUGACAUUAAAAACAAAUUCCAUCUGAUCUCAGUAUGGACGGGGCUUUUACAGCAGCAGAUCAGGUGCAACUGAA